UGGUUCUCGGUCGGUGAUACUGGACACGGUCCAUGACGAUGUGUGCGUGUUCUGCUGUGUGUAAAACCAGCCAUAGAGCUUCAAAUCAACGCAUCACUGGGAGGAGUUCAGUUCUGAGCUCACCUGUGAAGUGGAACGCCUGCUAGAACCGCGGCGCCAGCCGGUUCUCGGAUGGGUGUGUCCCUGUAAGAUGUUUGCGCAGUAAAAGUAGGAGGUCUUUCCAGGCGAACUGAGUCGAGCCAGCCUUUCUGCUCCCUUUCUGCCUGCCUACCUCAUCCGGUCAAGCCUUUUCUAACUUUUUUUUUUUAUAUUGAAACAUUUCAAUUCAGGGAUUUCUUACUUUUUACACGAGUAUCUCCUGCGACUUCCUGUCCAGGUUGCAUCGCGGAAACCCUGCAGGGAUCAGACGGAUCGGCUCUUGUCCCAGAAACCAGAAGUGCCCCCAGCCAGCAGGAGUCGAUUUGUGCGCGUUUCCCCAUCGCUCAUCUUGUGUCUGUGUCUGUGUGGAGCUCUGCAGGCCUCUUAGCGUUCUUUUUUCCCCAAGUUUAAAACCAUGUAUCCAGCAGUGAGGAAGCUGUUUUUUACGGACUGUCGGUGCGCCGGAGAUCCGUCAAAGACCUACGAGGAGCUGUUCGCCAAGCUGGACACCAACAAGGAUGGCAAAGUGGACGUUGCUGAGCUCAGGGCAGGCCUGACUGCGAUGGGCAUCAAAACCGGGAAGGGUGCUGCUCAGAAAAUCAUUUCCUCCGGCGACAAGGACAAGGAUGACGGGCUGGACUUCAACGAGUUCACCAAGUACCUGAAGGACCACGAGAAGAAGCUGCGUCUGACUUUCAAGAGCCUGGACAAGAACAAAGAUGGUAAAAUAGACUUCACGGAGAUAAGGCAGUCCCUCGCUGAUCUGGGUCUGGACGUCAGCAAGGAGGAUGCAAAGAGGAUCCUGCAGAGCAUCGAUGUUGACGGCACCAUGUCGGUGGACUGGAAUGAAUGGAGGGAGCACUUCCUGUUUAACCCGGCGACCAGCCUGCAGGAGAUCAUCCGCUACUGGAAGCACAGCACGGUUCUGGACAUCGGCGACAGCCUGACCAUCCCAGAUGAGUUCACAGAGGAGGAGAAGACGACGGGCAUGUGGUGGAAGCAGCUGAUGGCGGGCGCCAUGGCGGGCGCCGUUUCCCGCACAGGGACCGCCCCGCUGGACAGAAUGAAGGUCUUCAUGCAGGUGCACUCCUCUAAGAGCAACAAAAUCAGCCUGGUGGGGGGUUUUAAGCAGAUGCUGAAAGAAGGAGGGGUGACGUCCCUGUGGAGAGGAAACGGUAUCAACGUCCUGAAGAUCGCGCCGGAAACGGCCAUUAAAUUCAUGGCGUACGAGCAGUAUAAGAAGCUGCUGGCCAGUGAACCGGGGAAGAUCCAGACCCACGAGAGGUUCAUGGCGGGCUCGAUGGCCGGAGCCACGGCACAAACUGCCAUCUAUCCCAUGGAGGUGAUGAAAACCCGUCUGACUCUGAGGAAAACGGGACAGUACUCAGGGAUGUUCGACUGUGCCAAGAAAAUCCUGAAGAAGGAGGGAGUCAAGGCUUUUUACAAGGGCUACGUUCCCAAUAUUCUGGGCAUCAUCCCCUACGCUGGGAUAGAUCUGGCGGUGUACGAGAGCUUAAAGAACUUCUGGUUGUCCAAAUACGCCAAGGACACAGCAAACCCAGGUGUUCUGGUGCUACUGGGCUGCGGCACCAUCUCCAGCACCUGUGGUCAGCUGGCCAGCUACCCCCUGGCGCUGAUACGUACUCGCAUGCAGGCACAAGCGUCGCUCGAGGGCUCUGAGCAGCUGCCGAUGGGCGGCAUGGUGAAGAAGAUCCUGGAGAAGGAGGGCUUCUUUGGACUGUACCGCGGCAUCCUCCCCAAUUUCAUGAAGGUCAUCCCGGCUGUCAGCAUCAGCUACGUGGUUUACGAGAACAUGCGCUCUGGCCUGGGUCUCCAAAAGUAAGCUGCAGAACCCCUCUACCUGCAGCGUUUUUUUUUUAUUUUUGUAACUGAAAUACACUUCCCUUUCUCCAUCAAGUUUUUUUUUUUUAUCUGAAAGUCACCAGAGGCUGGAUGUUUGCAUAUGAAGCUACUGAAGAGGUUUUAAAGUGAUUGCAGGACUUAGCUAGACCGCUUUGAAAUCCUGCAGCACUACUAAAGAGUUUCAAAUUGCACUGUUUACAAUGUAGCCACAGCUUUAAGGGCACCGACACACUUAAAUGGCUUUAAAUCACCCAAAGAAGUGUUUUGUUUUUCGUUUAACUCCUGAUUUGAAUGGAAACCCCCCCUUUGCUCCACGUUCGGCCUUUUAGUCAAGAAAGCGCCUCUGUGCACCAGUUUCGACCCUUAUCAGAAGCCCGAGCCAUCGCCUGCUGUUGUGAAAGACGUAAACGUCACGAUGCAAACAGCCAGAUGAUUAUGCAGGACGACACCCAGAGAUCUGAGAAAAAAUUAAAGUGCAAUACUUUAUCUUUUUUUUUUUAGGGAAUGGAUUUCACAGAAGUGUUUGCUAGAGAGUUAAUAUGUGGGAUGUUAUUGCACCUUUAGUAAAAUAAAAACAAAUGUGCCUUAUG